GAUCUAUGGUUUUAAUCCACUUUUAAAUUAAGAAAAGUAAUCAAAAUGUAAUCAAAUGUAAAUAGUUAUAUUACUUUGAGAAAAUAAUUGAAAUAGUUACACUACUAUUACAUUUUCAACAGGGUAACUUGUAAUUGUAACCAACUACAUUUCCAAAGUAAUCUUCCCAACACUGCUAACUAACCAACUAAAUAACUAAAUGUAUGUUAAAUUGAUCUUGAUGCAUUCAGUGGCACGAGAAACAGUGGGAAAAACAAUUAUGAUUGGUUAAUUAACCGACUAAUUAACUAACUAAAUUUAUGUUAAACAAGGGACCUUAAUGCAUUCAGGGGCAUGAGAAAGAGUGGUAAAACAGCAAAGACAUGUACAGUGAUGAGUGGUUAACAAAUUAACUGACUAACUAAAUUUAUGUUAAACAAGGGCUCUCGAUGCGUUCAGGGGCAAGAGAACGAGUGGGAAAAACAGCAAACAGCUAUACAUGGUUAACUAACUAACUAGAUUUUAUGUCAAACAGGUUAAAUGAGUGAUCUUGGUGCAUUCAGGGGCAUGAGAAAGAGUGGGAAAAACAGUUACGAGCGGUUAACUAACUAACUGACCAACUAACUAACUAAAUUUAUGACAAACAAGUGAUCUUGAUGCAUUCAGGGGCAUUUGAAAGAGUGGGGAAAACAGUUAUGAUUGGUUAACUAACUGAACAAUUAACUAACUAACAAAAUGUAUGUUAGACAACUGAUCUUGAUGCGUUCAGGGGCAUGAGAAAGAGUGGGGAAAAACAGCAAACACAUGUACAUAUACAGUUAUGAGUGGUUAGCUAUCUAACUACCCUACUAACUAAAAUGUAUGUUAAACAAACAUAAACAGGGUAAUGAAUCCCAAAGAUAUAUUAUAUUUAUUAGCAGGUGGGAAUACUGAGUCAGCAAUUUUACAACAAUUGUUUUACAAUUUCUUAAAAUUCUGCUUUUUCUUGUGUCCUCACUGUUCUCACAGACAUGUGAUAAGAUGUUUUAUGAAUCUACAAAUCUGUAUUUUAAUGUUUUAGAUGACAGCACUCAAUAUCCAUCCAUUUAAUUUAUUGUUUUGGUUGUUUGUUCAUUUAUUCUGGAUAUUUAAAAUGUUCUUCAGUUCCGGUGUUAAAUAUUCUUUAGACAUAAAAGUUUAUUGAUCUUUGAAAAGGUGUACCUGCAUUAUUAUUAUUAUUAUGCCAUUAUCAUUGUAUUAGAUGAAAAUGGUUUCAGAACGACAAUAUUAUCAUUUAUCACAAUAAUUUCUGGGACAAUUUAUCGUCCAGCAAAAUUUGUUAUCGUGACAGGCUUAGUCUUCGCUGCUGUAAAACCGACGUAAUACAGGAUUAUAUUGUAUUGUUGUGUCAUAACGUUUUGUUUUCCAUCUUAUCGUAUCUUAACACGUCGCCGCAGCACUGUAUCGUGAGUUCCUGCGAUCCCCGCUCCUGGUUUAUUGAUAAAACUUGGAUUGACUUGAAUUAUAAACUCAUCCUGAUUUAAUUUGAUGAUGUUAGAGGAAGUAAAAAAACUGCGUUUCAUUCGGGGGGAAAGUGUGUUUGUGAAAAGAUGACGUGACCUGAUUGGAGGGGUAUUCUUCACUAAUUAUAUUCCCGCGUCGCCGGGGAAUAUUUUUCCAUACAGUGAGGUCACUUAUUACAGAGCAGCUAAAUGUGGUGAGUCCCUCACUCUGUGGAAUUACCUUAAUCUAUGACACGUCCCCAGUGAGACGCCGCUGCGCAUCGUUAAAGUUGGUUAUUGUUUUAUUCUCUCUCUCGUAUAGUCCCCCCAUUUUACCAUAUUAUAUCAUUUAAUGAGGCCGCACAUGGUGUCGCGUUCCAUCGCUUUGAUCUGUUUUUCAUAAUAAAGUGCGUUAAAAUGGCAAAGAUUAGUCACAUUAGAGAGGCAGUGAGAAAAAAAGAUAUAAAACUGAUUAUAAAACAUUUCUAUAGACAGUAAUACAGUGCAACAAUAAGAAGAAAUGUAGCUCGUACAAUCUCGUGUGACAGAUAAAGAAAUCUUGAGAUCUUGAACUGAAAAAUAAUUAAAAUAUAUAUGAAUAUAUAUACUCUUAUAUUAUAUUGAUGUCAUAAAUGGUGAGAAUCUGCAGUUUCGUAAAUAAACGGGCAGAUGACACACGAGACCAGAGCUGAAACAAUUAGUUGCUUAAUCGGUUUGAAGCUUUUUUCAUUAAUAAAAGGUUUUCUGGUUGUUUCAGCUUCUUAAAUGUGAAUAUUUUCUUUGUGUCUUUGCUCCAUGAAACAAAGAAAUCAUUAAAACUGAAUCACUUUGGUCUGUGGACAAAAACAAGACAACCGAGAACAUCAUCAUUUCCAGGUUUGACAAACACCGAUCAACGCUUUUUAACGUUUUCAGACAUUUUAUGGACCAAACGAUGAUGAACGAUUAAUCGUUAGUUGCAGAUCUACACGAGACGAGAUCAGGUUUUCUACUAAAAUGGUUUCUAAAGAACAAAAACUUUGUUAAAAAUAGUUAUAUAUUAUGAUAUGAAGGAUAAAUGAAAGAAAAAUGACUGACCCUUCUUAUUAUACUGUACCACUGGUUUUAAUUUACUUUACUACAAACAUGAUUUGUUGUGUCCAAUUUAAACUUUGAUCAACAAUAAUUCCACAAGAAUCUCACACAGGAUCGUGUUCUUUAUCAUAUCCUGCUGCACGUGACCAGGAGUGAACUUUAGGGCCAAUGUUCGACGUUAUGGAGAGAUAUAUUCAUGGAUUCAUGGAUUCAUGUGGCUGUUGAAAGAAAGAGUCAUUCACAAUUCUAUUUGACUCAUUUAUCUAUUAAACUAACCACAUUUUGGAACCUCUAACCUUUGUAAAGUUUAUAAGACUUUUAUUUCAAACUUUGUAUUUUGCUUGUAAAAUAGGGCAUACUUUAUUUAUUGUUACGUAUACAAUUAUAGACUACUUUUGUGAACACUUUUAUUUUAUUAUUCUAUAUUCUCGUACUUCAAUAAAGCAUUUUUUGAAAGAAUAAUUCUCACUGCUGUUGCAUCGUUCACCAUCGAAAUAACUAAUAACAACUGUCAUACGUCUGUGUUUUAAGUGAAACUGUGUCACAGACUAACACGAUUAACGGUGAUAUUAUGGGACAACCAUUUUCUCAUUUGUCCUCCCUCCCUCCAUCCCUCCCUCCCUCUCUCAUCUUCUCUGUCUCCUCUCGAUGUCUCCCCUCCCUUCUUUCCCCAGCUCAAGUUAAGGUAGAGGAGCUCUCACUCGGUCCUGCAUCACUUUCGUCUUCCGUCCUCCUGGAGAUCGUCAGACGCUUCAACUCGAGUUCCUCUGUCUCCAACCUUCAGCUUCACAGGCUUCAACCUUCAGCUUCACAGGCUUCAACCUUCAGCUUCACAGGCUUCAACCUUCAGCAGAGUUUAAGUGAAGAGCAAACGCUCGCAGGACAAAGACAAAGAGGAUGCAGCGCUUCAGGGAAGGCAUUCACAUACGCACCAUGAAGGCCAAGAGGAAAGUGGAGGAGAUCUCCAAAGAAGACGUCCAGGCUUUCCUCAAGAAGAACGCCUUUGUGCUCUUCACUGUCGGGGCAGUGAUUGUAGGAGUUAUUCUGGGAUUUGCCCUGCGUCCCUACAAGAUGUCCUAUCGAGAAAUGAAGUACUUCUCCUUCCCUGGAGAGCUGUUGAUGAGGAUGCUUCAGAUGCUUGUUCUGCCGCUACUGGUCUCCAGUCUAGUGACAGGAAUGGCAGCUUUGGACAGCAAAGCCUCAGGAAAGAUGGGCAUGAGAGCCGUGAUCUACUACAUGACCACGACCUUCAUCGCAGUCUUCAUUGGGAUCCUAAUCGUCCUCAUCAUCCACCCGGGAAAAGGCUCAAAGGAUGAGUUUGGGAAGCAGCAGAAGAUAGAGCAAGUCAGUCCAGCCGACGCCUUCCUAGAUCUGAUCAGAAACAUGUUUCCACCAAACCUGGUCCAGGCCUGCACUCAGCAGUUCAAAACCAAAUACGGGAAACGAGUGGUCCAAGUGACAGUGACCAUAAAUGAUACAAUCUUCAACUCAACCAAUGGAACCCAGGAGGUCAUGGAGAUCACCCGGGAAGAAGUGAUUCCAGUGCCGGGUCAGGUGAACGGGGUCAAUGCCCUCGGGUUGGUGGUCUUCUCCAUGUGCUUUGGCCUGAUAAUUGGCAAUAUGAAGGAGCAGGGCCAGCUCCUGAGGGACUUCUUUGACAGCCUCAAUGAGGCGAUCAUGCGUCUGGUUGCCAUCAUCAUGUGGUACGCUCCCAUUGGUAUCCUGUUCCUCAUCGCAGGAAAGAUUGUGGAAAUGGAUGACCUGACACAGAUGGGUGGCCAGCUGGGAAUGUACACCAUCACAGUCAUCAUUGGCUUAUUGAUCCACGGUGUUCUUAUCCUCCCCACUCUAUAUUUUGUCAUCACUCGACAGAACCCCUUUAUCUUCAUUGCUGGGCUCCUGCAAGCUCUAGUGACAGCCCUGGGGACCUCGUCCAGCUCAGCAACACUCCCAGUCACCUUCAAAUGUCUGGAGGAGAACAACAAAAUUGAUAAGAGAAUCACACGGUUUGUGCUGCCGGUGGGAGCGACCAUCAACAUGGAUGGCACGGCUCUGUAUGAAGCGCUGGCCGCCAUCUUCAUAGCACAGGUCAACAAUGUGGAGAUGAACUUUGGUCAGAUCAUCACCAUAAGUAUCACAGCAACGGCAGCUAGCAUCGGAGCUGCUGGCAUCCCUCAGGCAGGCCUGGUCACCAUGGUGAUUGUGCUGACCUCUGUUGGACUUCCAACUGACGACAUCACUCUCAUCAUUGCAGUCGAUUGGUUUCUGGAUCGCUUGCGAACCACCACCAACGUCCUGGGGGACUCGAUCGGUGCCGGCAUCAUCGAGUUCUUGUCCCGACACGAGCUUCGCAGCAAAGACGUGGAGAUGGGGAACUCCGUGCUGGAGGAGAAGGAGCGGAAGAAACCGUACAAGCUCAUUUCCCAGGAUAGUGAUUUCGAGAAUGACAAACGUGCUCACAGUGAAUCCAUCAUGUAGUUUACCCUCCGACGUGUGCCACACACACACACACACACACUGGUUUCCAUGACCUUAGAGGACAUUGAAUUGACUUACAUUCAUUUUUCUGGAGACUUACUGACAAACAAAACAACAAGAAAAUCCUGACAUUUAAGCUUCUAUCAUGUGUUUGAAAUAAUUUCACACUUUUAAAAAGGGAUAGUUCCAGUCCUUUUGAGUUGCAUAAGUCAGUGACAGUGGUGUUUUUAUAUAUAUUACAAGGUUAAUAUAUCAUGUUGUGAAAUUAUAAUAAAUUCAGUUUUUUUAUUGAUCUUUUUCACCAGGACAUGAUGAAUUUUAUCUGCAUUUUUGCCCAACAGUAGCUGGUUAAAAGACAUUUGUUGAUUUUUCCACACAUAUAAUUACAUAUAUGUACAUUUUGACAAAGUUUCUGUUCCUUUAUUGUACAUGUGACACAUAUGUCUAAUAAUGCAUAUGUCUAAUAAUACAUGUUCAAUUUCCAUUUGGUGGAUGUGUGGGUGAGAGGGGGAAUUGAGGACAGGACUGAAAUCCAGAGCCUUUCUGUGUAUCAGUUUUCUUGUGGAUUAUAAUUCCUGUGAAAUAAAUUGGGGAAGAAAAAAACCA